AUGGCAGAUGUUACGAGGAGGUGGAUAUCGCGUGUUCUUGUGACAGUUUUGGCAUGCGUGCUGUUUCCUGCUUACGGUUUCGCCGAGUCAGAUGGCGAGGAAUACAAGGGCAAGUACCUUGGAAAGUUGAACGCGUAUCAUCAUCAGGUAUCUGGUGACGUUUACGUGGUCGACGAGUACACGUUGCUACUCACUUCAUUCAGCUACGAUGGAAACGGAGCUGAUACUUUCUUUUGGGCUGGCGCGUCCAAUCGGCCCGGCCCUCAAGGUUUCAUCUUGCCAGACGAAUGGGGCAAAACGAAUAUCCUCGAUCGAUACUUCAACAAGGAUUUCACUCUCACUCUACCGGACAAUAAGAAAAUAACCGAUGUAAAAUGGUUUGCUGUGUACGAUCUGGGAAGCCAGAAUACGUUCGGAGAUGUAUAUAUUCCCGAAGAAUUCGAUCCACCAACACCACAGAAAAUCUCUCAAUUGACGAAACGAUCCCAUGGAGUGUCUUCUGAGCCUAUAAUAAUCAUGGACUCGAAAACUAUCAAAAUUCCAGAAUUCUCGUACGAUGGACUGGGAGUAGACACUUAUUUCUGGGUAGGUGUUGGUCCUCAACCUUCCAGCAAAGGGACGAAGAUCCCCGACGAGUAUGGCUACCUGGACGCACUUCGUGCUUACAAAGAGGAAGACGUGAUUAUUCAACUACCUGGAGACCUGACAGUCUUCAAUAUCGAUUGGUUGAGCGUGUUCGACGUGAAGACCAAGUCCAACUACGGCUCUGUUAUCAUUCCAGAUGGACUGAACGUACCCCCUUCGCUAGUAAAAGUGAUCAAGCACACGAAUCCUCUGCCGAAUUGUGUUCAACUUCACAAACGAUUUCAAGUCAGCUGGGAGAUCUUCGGUCCGCAGAUCACUGUGCAAUUAGCUGGCCAAGUCAACGAGGAUGAAUAUAUGGCCUUUGGACUUUCUGGUUCCGAAACUUCUAGCCAAAUGGAAGGCGCGGAUGUUGCGGUUACUUAUAUCGACGACACCAGAGGCUACGCUGUAGAUUAUAAUAUCACCGCGAAAGCACCGUGUGGAAAGGUGCUUGGUCAAUACAAAGGAGUCUGUAGGGACGAAUUAUUCGGUGGUCAGGAUAAUAACCAGUUGUAUACUGCUGUGAGAGAAGAUGGAAUUAAUAUUAUCACUUAUAGACGUAUGCUUACUUCGUCUGAUCCAGGAGAUAAGGAAUAUCCAACAGAUCGGCCAAUUUACGUGGUAUGGGCUUUGGGAAGAUUGGACGAGAAGAAAGAGCCUAAUUUCCACGACGUAUACCCAAAGAGUGAUCUGAAAUUAGAAUUGGCUCGUUCGGAGCCUGAGAAUACAUGCAUGGAUUUCACAGAAAAUAACGAGAAGCUAAUAGAACCUUGGGAGAAGGCAGAGAUAUUCGACAGAAGUAUUAGAACAUUUAAAGCCACGAUUGGUCCUUCUGGAGGCAAAAAGGGUUACCAAGGAAUUACAGGACAAACCUCUACAGGUUUAGCGUGGUAUAUCGAGGGCCAAUUGGUACCCGAAUUGUACCUGCGUAGAGGAUUAACUUAUAACUUCCGGAUUCAUGGAGGAAACAAUCCUCAUAGCCCGAAUUUGUAUCACCCAUUGAUCAUAACUAAUGAACCACACGGUGGAUACGAUAAGCUCAGUGAUGCAGCGCAGAGUAAAAUUAGAGUUCUGGCUGGCGUAGAGUUCACCAGGAGAGGUCAACCGAGACCAACUGCAGUUGGACCACUUUGUUUGAGCAAACAUAACGAUCGAGAUCGAAGAUUGGACGAUGACUUUACAACGUUCAGACAAUUUAACAGAACGUUACUGAGCACAUGUGAACCAGGGGAAGGUGGAGUCUUAGAAGUUACACCGAACUCUUCGUGGCCAGAUAUCGUGUACUAUAAUUCGUUUACCCAUGCAAACAUGGGCUGGAAAAUACACGUAGUGGAUGCUUACUCGAGAAACAUCGCGGCUGUACGAGAAUUAUCGUUACUCGUCGGAAUAACGGCUGUGUUUUUUCAUUUGUUAUAAAGCUAGAUAUAUGAGUAAAUUG